AUGGAGGCCGAGGGGCCCGAGAGUGACAGCAAGGAGUCCCUGGGCAAGCGCGCGUGUGACAAUUGCCGACUUAGAAAGAUACGAUGUGACAAACAGUCACCAUGUUCGAAUUGUCGCAGUUCGCAGAUUACCUGUCGCUCCACCGGGGCAGGUCAGAAGCCCCGAGAGCCCCGUAGAAGAGUCUUGAUCUCCAGUCAAUAUGAAAGGAAAAUCGACCUUGUUGAGGAACGCCUCGGUAGUAUAGAGCGUGUUCUCCGCGAAUUGAAGGCCAGCAUUAGUGGAUCCAAUACGUCCGCCGUUGAACAGCUGCAUUACCAAACAACGCCGUUGUCGGGGCAGGUGACUCCCUCUACCUCUGAAUUGAGGUCCACUACCACUGCCGCGUUGGAGCAGCAUGAGUGUGAUCCUACAUUUGAAGGAAACUCUUCCCUUGCUGCCCAUUCUGCCUAUGCAAGUGAAUUCCUAGAGUCUGCAGUCUCACGUAGCGCCCUUGCAAUGUCUACACCAAAGAUCAACGCAGCGCUUUCGACGCUGAAACAGAUAGUCAACAUGCAGGACCCUCAGUCCCAUCCGUCCCCUCGUGAAGUUCGGCUUCCUAAUCAGAGGGCUAUGCCUUCCUCUGGGUUGCGGGACCUGGCUAUGCCUCCUAUUCAAGUUGUCUUGCCGCUAUUGCGCAAACUGAAAGAUGAACCUCCCUCUAUCUUUCAAGGCUUCUGUCCCUUUGUUCCACCUGACCGACUCAUUGAGAAAUGCCGAGAAGUGUACUUUGCCACAGACGAAUACUCCGAUGCCACCUUUAUCAUCGUCAAUGGAGGCCUGUUUUAUGCCUUCGGUGAGUGUAGCGUUUUGGAAAAAGACCCGGAAACACGGGAAAGCUACCGGAGAUAUGUCAAACUCUGCCACGCCAACCUUGAAACAGCGCUAGCAAACCUGAGCCUUUUGAUGCCUGCAAGGAUGGAGUCCAUUGAAGCACUUACACUAGGUUCUAUCCAUUCCAUCGAAAUCUCAAAGCCCUCAUUUGGUCUGACAUUGACCUCAGCCGCAGCUCGCUUGUGUCAAACCCUGGGCUACCAUCGAGCGUCAUCAAUGGAACACGACAGCAAAAGCGUGAGAGAAAACAAACUUCGAUUGUUUUGGUCGGUCUAUGUUAUUGAUAAGGCGCUAUCGUUGCGCCUUGGACGAGCAUCAACUAUCCAGGACUACGAUAUAUCCUUGCCAUGGACGGUGGAUACAUUGGAACUUUCCCAUCCAUUCUCAAACAUUUAUACAUUAUGGAUUAGAUUGGCGGCGAUCCAGGGUAAGGUGUACGAGAAGCUAUAUAGUCCUGCAGCUCUUAGUCAACCUGAAAGUGAAAGGAUAGCCUAUGCUCGGCAAUUGGCUUCUGAUAUGCAAUGGAAUGUCAUGGAGCCAUUUAAGCAAAUAACUGCGAAAUUAUCUAAAAUGACGAUUGUCGAAGAGAUCUACCUCCGAUCCGACGAAGUGAGCCGCCUAUCUGUGUUGACUCUAAUAUACAGAGCCAUUCCACCGCCAGCCGAUUCUCCUAGCACUUUUGUCGAUGAAUGCGUUGAAACAGCCCGAGCAGCUUUGCAAGCAAAUCAUGAUUCCAUGGCCAUGCUUAUGGAGGCUGAUGAGUAUAUGAUGAGUUCAUACUUGCAUUGGACAAUUCUAUACGCUCCAUUCGUUCCUUUUAUAGUGAUAUUUUGCCAUACAAUUGAAGUUUCCUCCCAGGAAGAUCUUAAACGACUUGAAGAUUUUGUCGCUUCUCUUGAGCCAAAUUGUGCACUCUCGGAAGCGAUUGCAAAGAUGCAUCGUCUUUGCAACGUUCUCAGCAAUGUCGCCAGGCUAUAUCUAGAAGCAAAAUCACAAGCGCAAAUCCAACAUGACCAAAAUUCAGCCUCCGUGGGACAGGAGUUUGACACGUAUCUCACUGCGCUUGGGUUAGCGCCAGCGCCGAUUGAUGUGGGAUAUGUACGGUGGGCAGCUGCCCCUGUUGCACCUGGCCCUACUCCUGCUGUUCCAGGCGCUGUCGGACAAAUGCCCGUAGAAAUGGCCGAGGCAGAAGACCAAAGGCCCCCAGUGAAUAUGCCCCAGACGACGUUGGGAAACUGGUUUUCGGGAAACCAGCAUAUGAUGGGGUUAUUGGAGGAAGACUGGUCUCUGUUUGAUCUAAGUAUUUUGCCUCAGUCUUAA